AUGGAAGGAGAACUCCCUCGGGAUUUGGGGAAGCUGAGUAACCUGCAGCAGCUGCAUCUCCGGCAAGGAGCAGCCGGAAUCGGCAGCAGCAGCAGCAGCGCACCUCAUCUGAAACAUCUGGAGAAUGUGGAGUAUUUGGAUCUAACCAUUGGAGCAGCUGUUGAGAAGUUUCCGUUCCCUCGGUUUCCGUUCCCGCAGCUUCGCGUCUUGGAGAUCUCAUAUGGAAAUCAGAUUCAGCAACUUCCAAGCGACCUCGGGAUCGACCUGCCGCAGCUACGGCAGCUGCGAUUGCAUGUCACCGAGGGGUUGACAGAGCUGCCUGAUACCAUCACACGGCUCCAGCACCUCACAUCGCUGGACAUAGAACACGCACCCCAGCUAGCCUCCCUCCCGGAGGGCAUUGGUGCGUUAUCCAGGCUGAGGUACCUUCGCCUGUCCCGCUGCGCAGCACUGCAGCACCUCCCUGCCUCCCUCACCCGUCUCACAUGUCUUCACGAGCUGAAUGUCGAAGGCACAGGCAUCCGCGCCCUUCCUGCCAACGUGGCUCAGCUGUCCCGGGUGAAGGAGCUGUACUUGGGAGGGUGCAAGCAGCUGCAGGCGCUGCCCGAGGGCUUGACUGACCUCACGAUGCUGCGGCUCAUGGAGGUAAAAGGGAGUGACCUCGCGAUUGACAGUAUGAGCGACGAGCAGGAAUGUCGCAUCCAUAACAUGUAUGACCUGAGGACAGAUAUCUCUGGUCAAUAG